AUGGCAAAAUCAAAUACAAAACACAGAGUUUGUUCUCGGCAAUCUUCAGUAUCUUCUCUGUUAAGCUGCAACCUGAAUGGCAGUAAUUCCUCUAACUCUGGCGCUUUUCAAUAUAAGGAUAAACUGUACAGUUCUGCAUCUCAGGCUCUACAGGCCUAUAUUGAUGAUUUUGAUCUAAGCCAAAUGUGUCUUGGGGCAAGCACUGGAAAGAGUAACAUUGUUAAAUGUCCUGCUAAUAUGCCGGACUUCUCCAAUUACAUUUGUAAACCAAACAAUGCUUUUGAAAAUCUUGAUGACAAAAGACAUUUAUCCUUAUCCUAUAGAGGACAGACUCUUAAUGACAUAGACUCCAUUAGUCUAACAACUGAUGAUCUGUUAAAGCUUCCAGCAGAUGGAUCAUUUUCUUUCACUUAUUUUGAAUCAGGUCACGGAAGUAGCAAGAAAAACAGGAAACACAUUGGAAGACUGAGUUCAUCUGACAGAGAAAAGAAUCAGAAUUUUCGAGAACCAACUGCUCUCCAGGGUGACAAAAUUGAAUUGCUUAUCCUGAAGGCCAAGAGAAAUCUAGAGCAUUGUACUGAAGAGUUACCAAAGUCUAUGAAAAAGGAUGACAGUCCUUGUUCAUUAGAUAAACUUGAAGCGGAAAGAUCAUGGGAAAAUAUUCCUGUUACUUUCAAAUCUCCUGUUCCUGUUAACACUGAUGAUAGUCCUCAAGAAAUUCCAAAGACAAAGUAUGCUAAUGAAUUCCUUGAAGAUUUUUUAAAUGAUGAUAAUCAGAGCUGUACCCUUUCUGGAGGGAAACAUCAUGGACCUGUUGAAGCCCUGAAGCAAAUGUUAUUUAAUCUUCAGGCAGUGCAAGAAAGUUUCAAUCAGAAUAAAACUACAGAGCCAAAAGGAGAAAUUAAACAAAUCUCAGAAGAUGAUCUCUCUAAGUUACAGUUGAAGGAAAGUAUGGCUCCUAUUACUAGGUCACUUCAAAAGGCUUUGCACCAUUUAUCUCGCCUGAGAGACCUGGUUGAUGAUACCAGUGGGAAACAGUCACCGAAAAUAUGA